GUGAAUUUCUGUGGUAAAAGUUAACUUUUUAAAAAACAAGAUGUCAGCGCCCGUUACCGACUUCAAGGAGUCUUUUAACGGAAACUCGCCAGAAACAGUGAAAAGUAGAGAGGAAUACAUAAAAAAUCACCCCGAUGCAAAUCUAAUAAGACCGUGCGCUACAUACUGGAGAGAAUGUGAAGCAUGCUUUGCUGCACCAUCACGUAUCAGACAGCGCUAUGUCAAUGGCAAGGACACAGACUGCACUCCCUUAUUGAAUGUCUUUGAAAAAUGUAAUGCUAUGGAGAGAGGAGGAGAGGACUCGUUGGAUGCCAUGAAUGACCUUAUAGCUUAUGAAAAACAGAAAAUGGACAAUGAAAAGAAAAUGAUGCAAGCUAACAAUGUGUGGGAGUAUCGUUCCUCACCCCCAGAAAACUGGUCAGCCCCACUUCCUGAAUUCAUUGAAGCACGAAAAGACACUCAUCUGAACAAAGUAGGGGACACGUGGGAGAAGCAGGAUCUUAGACUAACUGUCAGGGAAUGUCUAUUGACCGGGGAAUUGUGUUGUAUAUCUUGACCAAGACUGCUGUUUAUGUAUUUUAUAUUGUGAUUUGAAAGUACUGUAUAAUUGUAUGUGUAAAGAUGAUAGAUGUAUAAAGUAAACACAAAUGAAAGUUAUUUAUAAAUCAAUAUUACUGAAAUGAAUGUAUUGCAUCUUGUUU